UUUCCGCUCCUGCGCACUACCACCGCCAUCAUGUCGCUCACCAAGUCGGUCUAUAACCUGCUCUUCAGGAGAACCUCGACUUUCGCUAUAACCAUCAUGGUUGGCGCGGUCGUCUUUGAACGGAUAUUUGACCAAGGUGGUGACGCGGUUUUUGAGCAAAUGAAUCGCGGGAAACUCUGGAAACACAUCAAACACAACUACGAGAAUAAAGAGGAGGAAUAGGACGCGGCCCGGGGUUAUCUAAGGCCGAAGUGCAACUGUUGUCACACGUCCAUGAUCCAUCCCUCCUGGACACCUUACAUUGAAUCAAGCAGCAGUCAACAUAAGGACUAUGUGCUCAAAGUCAUGCCCAGGCUACCAGAGAUCCCAUGGAAGCUGAAAGACUUCCCAGACCACUCUGAAGAUGGAGCAAUGGUUCCUGUCACCUCGUCCCAGCCCCCCCUUGUGUUGUUAUCUGCCAUGCCUUCAUUCACCUCACAGAUUGUAAAUGCUUAAAUUAAAACAUGUGUUAAUGUCUGA